AUGAAAAGAAAAUAUACCAAAAAAGCAUCACCUUCUUUUUCUCCUUAUCCUUAUCCUGUUGUCAAGCAAAGUGAUGAAACACCAAGACAACGCCCUACAAGUAGUGUUCGAAACGCAAAUACAGUGAAGACCAACGUGAAACAAGCUCCGGCAGAAAAGGAAGAUUACAUUAUUAAGCGUUCUACAGAAGCAGCUCUUAUCUACGAUGAAUUAGCUGCAGAUUUUGAUGUUGCUGCUGCAUUCAAAGGUGCUGAAGAGUGGAUUCCUACUUUUGAUUCAUUCAACAGAAAGCCUUCUGUACGUGUUCAAUGGAGAGGACAUCCACUCAAAAUCAAGCAUAUGCCUUAUUAUGACAGAUUGCAUCGGGAUGAAGCUUCAAUUGCUGCAACGCUUCGUCUUACUCCAGAACAAUACCUGAAAUGCAAAUGGGCUCUUAUCUUGGCUGCUAAAAAUGCUUAUGAAACUAAAUCCUUGUUCCGUAAAUCUGAAGCUCAGAAAGUAUGCUGCAUUGAUGUGAAUAAGACAAGCGUACUCUGGAAUGCUUUCGGUAAAUUGGGAUGGCUUGGACCAAUGUGGCCACAAUAG